CAGUUUUUCUAAAUUUCCUCCAUUUCCGGCGAGCAAAACCCAAAACAAAUGUCAUACCCAUUCUCCCCUCAUCAAAACCGACUUGUGCUGAAAUUUUGGGGAGAUUUGGGCCAAGUUUUUUCCGGUCAAGUUGCCGCUGGCAAGCUUCUGCCGAGUCUUCGACGAAGCUCCGGCGACACCUCUUCGGACAGUUUUUCAGCAAUUUUUCACCUUCCUCGCCCACACCUCACUUCCUCCUACGUCCUACUUGCGUCUCCAGGUUGGUUUUUCAGCUUUGCCUUAUUAAUUUGUGGAGAAUCGUAUUAGGUAAUGGAGUGAGGAUGAUUUUUGUGCUUUGCAUGUUGAACCUAGAUUUAGGGCGAGGAAUUGGGUGAAUUAGGUUGCCUCUAUUUUUAGAAUUUGCCCACCAAGUGCUAUGUUAUGAAUGCAAGUGGAGUUUUAUGCUUGAUUGGUGGAUGGUAGCCACCGUGGUUUGGAUUGUGGUUCAAUUUUUUGUGUGCUUGAACCGUGAAUUACCCACAACCAUGCCACGGUGGUUUGAGCUUAAAUGUUUGAUAACCAUGGCAGAAAAACAAGUGUGGGGGGAAUCUCUUUUCCUCACAAUGAGCACUAAUUGAUGAAUUUUUCCACGUAUGGUGUAUGUUUCUCAGUUUGUGCAGGAUGGUUAACAUGGAUCACCCAUACCUUGUGGCGCUAAGGAGUAGCCCUGAAAUGGAGAGAGAGGCGUGUUUUUUGGCAUCUUCGAGAGUCGGUAACCAUUGGAAACUCGAAUUUGCCUAGUUCGACAUGAUUCAUUGCGGUGAUGUUAUGAGGGAGGCAGUGGUGUACCCACAAUGGCGCCAAGCCCUUGAUCUUGAAGAUGACACUUACGGGGAACUAUGCGUAAAAUUUUUGAGCACCUUCACCAUACGCAAGAGCCUUUGCCUACUCAAUCAUCCAGUACGCUGGGUCGAGUUCCGAUUGGGAGGGAAACUUUGCAAUUUGAGCUAUGACGAGUUAGCCAGAGCCCUCGGAGUGGAAGCCAAACAUGAGGAAGAUUGGGAGGGAAGUUGCUAUCCAAAGUUUUGACGUGAAUGCCGCAUUUUUGAAGUUUUGUCUUCCAAAGUACCGAAGGAAAAAGUUUAAGUCAGCCCUCACAGCGGCAUCCACACUACAGCCCAGUGGCGUGUCAUCGUUGCACUCCUGGCUCGUUCCCUCUACCCGGCUUACCACAACCCGAACAAGAUAACCGAGAGAAUCUUAUUGGCUUGUUCUUGCAUGGUGGACCUGUCUAGCCACUUCUUUUUCCAGGGCCAAUGGGGGAAACCGUUGUCAUGUCACAUCAAUGGGUCCGUACAUCAUCCUCCUUGCUUGAUACUUCGAUAUCAGCCUUGCAGGGUGCUCGAAAGAGAGGCGCACCCAAAGAUUUGACGAGGGCACUUUGCAGUCCAUGCGCUUAUUGUGCACCUUUGGCCUAAUGCAGUACAUCGAAGGAUUGAGUCCUGACCCCGAGGUCCCACCACCAGCAGAGCAGCCACCUGCUCGUGCACCCGGACCCCGCCAGCGUCCAGCGCUCCAGCGCCUAGCACAGCCACCACCACCAGCAACAGGUGAUCCCCUCGUCCAGAGGGUGGAUCGCCUUGAGACGAACUUCGUGGGAUUCUCUUCCCGCCUGGACCGGCAGAGUGACAUCCUUGAGCUUAUCCCUCGACGUCACGGCAUCCUCCCAGAUGAGGCCGCGAUCCCUCUACCAGCGAGAGGUAGCCGACGAGUGAAACAUGUGGCAGAGCCGAAUCCUUUCGCCCCAGUUCUCCACUUGUUACCUUGAACUUGUUUUUUUUUUGUUUUUGUUAUUUUUCUUCAUUUUGUGUGUGUGACAUAAACCACUACUAUCGUAUUGUGUUUGUAAUAACCUCGCCUUGAGCGAGUCGUAUUGUACUUGUGUGUGUUUUUUUUGUCUCUCCUUGAAGCUCAAAAUAUCCUAUCCCGGAUUCUAUUCCAACUUUCACUCAUCAAGCCCAAGGGGUAACAUCAUUCUACCCCUUUCUUACGCCAUUGAGGGCAAUGUCAAGUUUAAGUGUGGGGGGUAGUUUACUAUUAUGCUUGUGUGAUCAUGAUGGAUGCUUGGAGCCUUGAUAUAUGCCCAAAUUUCAAAAAUUUGAGGGCUCGAAGCAAUGUUUGCAUGAUCAAAGUGGCCGGUGUGUGGGAAAUUCUCGUGUUUAUUGGAAUUGAUCUUGAAUUGUUGCAUGUGAUCGAGUAUAUCCUAUGAUGAUGAUUGAGAGGUUCAUUAGGAUAGUGUAAAAGUGUGCAUAAAUGAAUGGAUGUCUUGACUCGAUUACUUGUUGAUUACAAUUUCCAUGCAUUAUGUUUGUGAAUUGGAAUAGAUGGUUGGGUGACUAGGUAGCCAUGUGAGCUUUGAGCCGAUUGUUUUCUUCUUCUGUGCUUAGAUCCCUCUUACCAUGGCGAGUAACAUCAUAGUUUUCACUAUUGAGUAUGAUGGAGGCAUAGGAUUAGUCCACGCCCAAAUGUUGAUUCUCCCGAAAUGUGCUAUCCACUAGUCAACCCCUUUGAGCCUUGUGACUUCGAGGGUCAUUCUUAAGUUAGGAGCUUCGUGCUUGUGAGCUUAAUGGUGUUGAUAAAACGACCCCCAAUCCUUUCUUUGUGUCUAAACAUGAGUCGUCCUUUUGUUUCAGAGCUCUCACCUUUGAGUUUCCAUAGAGGUUCUACAUAGGAGGUUUGUGUGUGGUUCUUGCUAGGAAUGAGAAAAUGGAGUGUAGUGUUGGAGUGAGUUCUUCAAAAAGAGAGCAUUGGUCGUUAAAUGUAUAGAUGGCAAGUGUUUUUACUCUCUAGUAGCCCCCUCAAAAAGAAAAGAAAAGAGAAACGAAAAAGAGGUAAUAAAAUGGGGUAAAUAAAAUAGAGAGUGCCACGAAAAACCAAAGUACAUGCUCUAAGAUGGAUUUCUUGGCACCCAAGCCAUUGAAACCCCCAUAUUGUUUUAGAACUCCUUCACUACCAAACCUUAAUGUGCUAGCAAGAGUUGACCGAGGAAGAGUGCUUUGAUGUAGUUCACGAUGUGUGAUAGUUUGGAAAGGAGAGAUAAGGUUUUUGGCAGAUGCUAGUGGCCUUGGGUUGAAGAUAAGGGGUUAGUCAAAACCAUAGAACCUUCGGGUUUAGGUUGAAGAUGUAGAACCUCACGUCAUGAUUGCCACCACCCAAAAAGCCCUUUUCCCAUGUCCAAGACAAUCGCCAGUCAUCUGAACCCGUGUCUAAGACCUUCGGAUAAGCUAGUGGUGACAACCAUCCCAUGAAAUCUAGCAUUUAGAGGUUACCGCCGUGGUAUUGAGACGAUAGGGCCGAGAGUUUAUGAUUGUGCACAUCUUUUGCACCCAAAAGGUCCCGACCACAUUGGUCUUGAGAGUGAGUGAUUCAUCCUUGCUUUGCAUGCCAUAUCAUACCCCGGUGAGGACCUUUGUUGCCUUUCCAUUUGUUCCUCGGACUUGAAUUCUAUGCAUGGUUGGUUGUGGUUGAUAAGUGGUCUUGUUGAGACUUGCAUUGAUCCAUGAACAAGGUUAUAACUUUUUGUUUGCCCGUUUUUGGUGGCUUCGAAUGUCGUUUGUGGUGGAUGUCGUUAUUGAUUCGAGCCUAAAUGUACAUGUUUUGCCCCCAUUUUCCUUAGCCGUUUGUGGAAAAUUUGCUCCUAAAAGUUUGGUUUUACGUUAGUUUCUCGUGUUUUAGUGUGUUUCAGGAUUUAACAGGUGAAACCAGCCUCGGAGUCGAAAGUUGGACGAAAAGGAUCGAAAACCAGGAGAAGAGGUGAAAAAGGGCGAGAUCACGGUUUUCUUGGGCUGUUCACGGUCUUACAUGAUCGUGAAGAAGAGCCAUUGGCCGUGAACCUUGAGGCGUCCAGAGCCAAAAUGCAAGUUACUGACACAAGACGUGUUCACGGUCACUAAGACCGUGAAUAUGAGCUGUGGACCGUGAACACAAGGGAGCAAAGUGGUGCGUUUCGACGCCCAAUUGGAGUUCACGGACGCGUUUCAGUGUUCACGGUCGUGAACUAGAGCCGUGAACACAGCCCGUUCCCUAUUUAAAAGCUGAGCUAAAAGGAAGAGAGAGUGGAGAGCCCAUUUGAGUGGGAAAGCCUUCUUCUGAUUUCUAGAGAGAGAAACACGAACCAAAGAAGAAGGAGGCUAGGGUUUUGCUCCAAGGUGGAUUUUGGGAAGAUAUCCUCCAAGGAAAGUUCAACACAAGGGCCAAGAAGAUUGGAAGCCUCCUCCAAGAUGGUUUCUACCCCUUCUCCUUGUGUUUCUCCCAUUUAUAGCAUGGAGUAUAACUCUUUUCACUAGGGUGUUGUGAAACCCUAACUCUACCAUGUAUACUGCGAUUACACUUGGUCAUAGUUUGGUGUUGUGUUUUAGCGAGGCAGUUGCCCAAGCUUGUGCACACCUUUGCCUCGUGCCACUUGAAGGAAGAAAGGAAGUUGACGUGCAGAUCAAUGAAAAACAUGUGGAGCAAGACGAACCCAUCCCAGAGAACUCUCUUGGAGAGUAUGACCAUAAGUGUUGCAUUGAUAACUUUCACGUCUUUCUCCUUCCCGAGAACAACUUUGAAGACCAAGUCUCGAGGGUGGUGGAGAUAUAUGAACUUACCUAAAACAUAGCUUGGCAACUUGCUACACGACAUGUGCUUGAGGAAUAGUGAGAAAGGUUGAGAGAAAGGGUUGAGGAAGAGAAAGAUCUUGAUUGUUCCCAAGAGGAGGAAGAUCUUGAUUGUUCCCAUGAGGAGGAAAAAAGUUUGGAAGAAGGAAGGUAGGUUGAGGUUGAAGAUGCAACUGGUUUCCAAGAUGAGGACGAGGUUAUGGUGGAUGAAGCUUCUACAAGUUACAAGUGUUACUAGAGCUUUCCACCCAACCUUGAUGCUCUUCUUGAAAAAGACCCGUUUGUGGCUCUUUGCCAAGCCUAGGCCAAACCAUCAUAUUGAUCCCUCUUGGUGGAUUCGAUGGUGGUCAAUCGAUGAUGUCCUACAUGGUAUGUUGUAAAGAGAAGAAUACAGAAGGAAUGAAGAAAAAGUAUUGUG